AUGGCCAACAGAGGAGGCAGGAGAGAUGUCCUGCAAACACUGGAUGACAGGGAAUUAUUGAGACGCUACAGAUUGGAUCGUGCAGGAAUCAUGUUUGUGGUAGAUCUCCUUAGAGAUGCAAUUACUUCACCAACUCGACAACAAUGCAGCAGUGAUGACUUGGGUCUGUCCCAAUCCUCCGUCAGCAGAGUCAUCACCCAAACACUGACAGCUUUGUCACAACCUAAUAUUGUGACACAAUUUGUUUCAUUCCCGCUGGAUGCCCGCACUUUACACACACAUAAAAGGGCAUUUAUGGACAUUGCAGGAUUCCCUGGCGUUGUGGGUGUAAUUGAUGGAACACAUGUGAGAAUAAUUGCGCCAUCAGAGGACGAGGCUGUCUUUGUUAACAGGAAGAAUUUCCACAGCAUCAAUGUGCAAAUAGUGUUCAAUGCCGCCUGUAAGAUUUUGGACAUUGUGGCUAAAUGGCCAGGCUCCACACAUGAUGCGAGAAUGCUCUCCGAGAGUGGCAUCAGACAGCUUUUUGAGAGACGCUAUGUGCCAGCUAAUUGCCACUUGUUAGGGGACAGUGGCUACCCAUGCAAACCAUGGCUCCUUACACCUUACCUCCAGCCACGCCAAGGGCCCCAACUAAACUAUAACAGGGCCCACAAGACAACAAGAGCGGUGGUGGAGCGUGGCAUAGGCCAGCUUAAGAGGCGCUUUCAUGUUCUCCACGGAGAGGUGCUGCUGAGGCCUGAAAAAGUCAGCAAAGUCAUCAUAGCCUGUGCAAUAUUACACAAUAUUUGCAAGGUUAGACAGAUUGCAGAACCUCUGGAGGAUGGCGAUGAGGAUGAGGAUGAAGACAACGAUGAGGAUGGUGGUGAAGAAGAUAUUCACAUUCCACAGGGGAACCUAGCCCAGAGUGGACUGCCUUACAGGGCAAACUUCACAAAUUUACAUUUCAGGGAUGCUGACGGAGCAGGUGCUGCAGAUGGUUCAGGCGGCAAUCUUGUCGGCAAACUUGAUGGGCCCGGUUCUUGUGAUGGCUCCAUGCUACAGAAAUACAUAGGCCUAGUUUAA